UUGUGUGCGUUUACUGUCUGCGAAGGGAGCUCUGGUUUAGGAAGGGAGAAUGGAUAAGUUUCGGGAGUACAAGAUCGUGCCUGAUAUCAUUGACGAUCGGCCAGUGGAAGUGUUGUCGGUGCAAUGGAAAAGAACUCGCACAAAGUGUUACCCGGGUGAUACUCUGACCCCGACUCAGGUCCACACCAUACCCGUCAUCGAUUGGCGUGCCCGCCACGAAUGCCUCCACACAAUCGUGUUCGUCCACCUCGGACCCGUGGGUGAGCCGGUCGACGAGGAGCUGCAUUGGCUGGUCUUCAACGUCCCCGGAGAAAACAUGGUCAAGGGCCAGGUCCAUGCCGAGUACCUUGAAUCGGGCCCGGCGGAAGGAACGGGAUUUCAUCGCUAUGUUUACCUGGUGUACCGUCAAGAAAGUAAGAUCGACCCGUUUUCCAAGUUUCCCUACAAGCCCCGGCGACUCGACGGCCGAAAGCCUUGGAACACCCGUGAAUUCGCCAAGAAGUGUAACCUCGGUGAACCGAUAGCGGGAAACUUCUACCUUGCCGAGUUCGAUGAAUCGGUUCCCGGGUUCAUCCAGGAGAUCACUGGCAGCACGGGCCACUUCUUAGACGAUUCAGACUGAUAUCGAUAUAAUAUAGUGACGAUCACGAACAAUAGGGAGUUUACGAUUCAUCACUUUUUUUGUUUUGAAACAUUUUUUUUUUAAUUUUAAUAUAUUCAUAAUCAAACAUGUCAUAGAUCUAUAACAAAACAUUACAAAGCGAUAUAAAUAUUGCAAAUAAUUAUUAAAGGUAACAUUUGAUCGCACUUACUGAAAAUUACAUAAUAACAUAAGAUUAAUGUUACAAAACAUUGUUUAAUACAUGUACAUACUUGGAAAAGAAAAAAGGUAAAAUAAAAUAUAUGCAUUUAUUCGUUACCCUAAAUCAACCUGUUCCCAUUUCUGAAGAUGUAUUGC